AGACAUAACACCAUUGCGUACAGUACAAUGUGUGUACACACAAAUUUGUUCCGUUUACUUUAAUUUACGUAUAUUUCUGAAUAUAACUUUUACGUUUCAUUUUUUUUUUCUUCACUUGUACGGUCUGUGGCUCGAGCUGAGCGCACUCAAAAACUCAUGGUACGUGGAUUGGAACAGUUUCGAUCAGCAGGUUUAACGAAACGCACGUGUUUAUAAGCAAAUCGAACUGACUGAAUUGCAAAGAAGAAGAAGAAGAAAAAACGUGCCACCUCUUCGCAAUGCAUAAUUUGAUUAAUUAAUCUCUUUCGUUAAAUUGUAGCGGAUGAAUUAAGCAACAACAAAAAAAGAGUUAUGAAUGAAUCGCGCCGUGUUAAAUUUAUUUAAAUUCAUAAGAGGACGGCUGAUGACUUGCUGAUUUAUUAUUCCGCCGAACAGUUAUAGUUUCAGGUGUAAAUUUGUUUAUGUGCUGUGAUGUUUAUCAGUGUUGUGACUGAAUAAAUUAAAUGGAUAUCACUCUCAAUUGUCAUUCAGGAUUAAUGGAUUUACUAUGGAAAAAGAGACCAUGACGCCAGCUACACCAAUAUAAUACCAUCGUGCUAAAAUCUCAGCAUAUACACUCAAUCGGCCAAUGACGUCAUCAACUGGUGCUACACCCCACCUUCCAGCCGUCUUACGAUCAUUUCUCCAACUCGAAAAAUAAGGCACCGUGAUCUUAUACCUUCGUAGACAUUGAAUACCAUUUUAUGCGAACAGUAUAUUGAUGAAGUGCAUGCAAGCAAGUGGUCUUAACGAACGAAACGCGUAUACCGUCGACGGUGUUUACUUACCUAAGACCUUGUCAGUUAGGCAUGGCCAGUCAGCCAGCUCGGUCGGCCUUUUCGCUGGCAACGAUUGCCGUUGGUCUGUGUUGUUGCAUAGCGAUUGUAUCAGGCAGUUUAAUCGAUUUAACGGGCAACGAUGGUUCUGCUAUUGUUGGUCCGAAAUUUGGUGAUCGAAUAUUACCGCGACAUAGACCGUUUGUUGAAUUAGAAUUGAAUUCGACGCUAAACCCGCGCUCGUCUCGUAGUGAUACCAGUGAUGUGACGAGUAACAAAUAUAAUAUUAGCAAUAGUUAUUUAAGAGGAAAUCAUCCAACAUCUGACAGUGUUUAUUACAAUGAUGAUGAUGAAGGUGAUGCUGAUGAUGCAUCAGCAUCCAUGAGUAAAGAAAGUGAUCGUUCGGUAACAGUUACCCAAAGUGAAUCCGUUAUUUUCGUAAAUAAAAAUAAUAAUUUAGGAUUAAACAGAAAAAGUGAUGAUGUGGUUCGUGUGCCGGUCACGAAUGUUGAAUUACCGGUUAUCGGUAAUCGAUUGGAUGAAACAGAUAGCAAUGUGUCGUCAGCGCAAGCACAUCGUCUGGAAAUGUCAACAGAAUUUUUUGUAGUGCCAUCGACAGCUUCAUCAAUUACAAGGUCGACCGUACGACCGGGUGGAGUUGUUUUAGCUGCUAAACCAACAGUAAAUCCUACGAGCAAUAGGAUUGUAACACCACCAACAAUUGUUAGUACAAAUACGUCGAGUCUUCGUAAAGAGCCGUGGGUGCUACCAGUGCUGGUAUUGUCUAGCAUUGCUAUGUUUAUGAUGGCUGCAUUCGAGGUAUUUGUUCUGUGCAAAGCAUGGAGAACCUCUCCGAGCAGACGACAUUUAUUUCUCGGUCAAAUGCUGUUACUGGGAUUGUUUUCAUGUGCGGGAUUAGCAGCGAUCCUAACAGCCUCACCGACACUACUCUCAUGCGCUGCAGUCCGAUUCGGUGCUGGUGUAGCAUUUGCUUUAGUCUUCGCCUCCCUACUCGUCAAAUGUGUCUUUUUAAUCAGCCUAAAUGGCGGCGUUUAUUUACCCGCACCCUAUCAAGGUCUUUUAUUGUUGUUCGCGGUAUUGAUUCAAGUGGCUAUCGGUGUGCAAUGGCUCUUUUCCGCACCGCCUGCUGUCGAACAUGUUCCAGUAGCAUCCCGCACUGGUACAUCUCUGACAAAUCGUUAUCCAUUGUUACUAACAGCCCAGGAUAUAACGACAACGGUUCCUCUGUGCAAAACACCAUUUUCCGAGUUGCUGUUCUCUCUGAUAUACGUCGUGUUUCUGAUUUUGUUUGUGGCCGUCCUAGCCAUCAAGUCAAGAGGAAUCCGCGACAAUUAUAGAGAGGCCACGUACAUAGGAUUGGCCAUCGGUGGUUCGAUACCCAUUUGGCUCGGUUGGACUCUGUGUGGAUUGGCCGUAGCCGAUCGGCACAAAGACGCCUGCCUUGCAUUCGGUCUGGUCGCCACAUCGGCUACUGUCUUUUUGGUAAUGUUUAUGCCAAAGGGUCGACAGUUAGCCGCAAUGGGAAAAGAAGGUCUGUACAUGGAAGACCGUGAAGAACAAUUCAGUUCGUUGAGUCGAGCUGGAUCCGGUUAUUCGCCGUCAUUUUUCCAUUUCAAACCGAUAAAAUACGGAGUUAUGGGUCCAGCGCCCACAUCGACAACAAAUACCGGUAUGGGAACGAGCACAAAACAUCAAGCAGUAGCAACUUUAGGAGGCGAUCGUGUGGCUUUGGUUGCCGCACCACCGAGCUAUACACGCAUGUAUCAUUACUUUCCGGCACAAUUGACACAUCCUUUCUGCUACUAUCCUCCAGCACCACAAACUGCACGAUAUCCAGGCACAGCAUUUAUUCGAAUAAACGGAGACAAAAAGCAUGGAGGUCUAUUCAUGCGUCCAGAUGAUGCAAAUCUAUACACAACGCUUGAGCCUACGCUCAGCAGUAAUCCCAAUGUGUACUUUCAGCGUGGAGGCGGCGUUCAUCCAGGAAUGAUGUAUUGAAUAAAUGAAAAUGGAAAUUGAAAUCAUUUGCUGCAAAAUAGUUAUUUACGAUAAACGAAAUAAAACAAACAGCUCCAUUGAUAAAAGACUUCGAAAGUUCAGUAUUAAUUUAAAUAUUCGCUGAAAAGACUUUAAUUUAAGUAUCAUAGAUCCAUUUACAUACAGAGAUUCGCUCAUUUGUAAAAUAAAAUUAAAAAAUUAAAAAAAUCAGAAAAUUCUUCUACGCAAAAAAUUGAUCAUUUAAAUCGUUGUUAAGGCCAUUUUUAUCUGCUCCUGGACUUUGAAUGUUUCAUUGGUAAGAAAUGAAAGUAUUCUUCAUCCAGACCUUUUAUUUUCCAACGCAUAAUCACAUCUUCAUUUUAUUAAGAACUUUGUGUAAAUAUUAUUCUUAGAAAAUAAAUCCAUUUGUAGUUGUUUAA